UUACCUGUUAAUCGGUUCAAGUGACUAAUGAGUGGAAUAUGAAUGUUUGGGUCUAAUAUUAUCGAUAAUCAAUCUGUGUAAUCGAUUAUCUCCAUUAAUAAUUUAAAAAUAUUUUAUAAUUUAUACUCGAUUUUAUAAUUUUUAUUAGUAAAACAAAACUAAUUUAAUUAUACCCUUUACUACAAUUUCUGAUAAACGGGGAGAAGAAGAAGAAGCCACCACUCGCGCCACCACCGCCUCAGCCGCCGUCCCUGACCAGAACAGACGAAGCCUCAGCUUCCGCCUCACCGCAGCUGCACGCUCCGGCCUCCGGUCUCCGCUUCAUUCUUCAGUCUUCAGAUCAUGAUAAGGAGCCACAACUUGGGCUGCAGAACCCAUUAUGAGACCAUUGGCGUGAAGGAAGAUGCAAGCCAAGACGAAAUCCGUAAAACUUAUCGAUCUGCCAUUCUCGCUUUCCAUCCAGAUAAACGGCUGGACUCAUCAAAUCCCCAAAACAACCUAGGGCGCGAGUUUCUCGAAGUGCAGAGAGCGUGGGGAGUGCUCGGUGAUCCGGGAUCACGGGCCCUCUAUGAUCAGGAAUUGAGAACGUUGAGACAGGAAGCUGUAGGUGCAGAAGACGUGAGCAUAGGAGAUAUGAUGGUUGUCGAAGAAGAAGAUGAAGAUGGAGGCAGUUUCGAGCUAUCCUAUCAAUGCAGGUGUGGUGAUUUCUUCUCUGUUAGUUCUUGUGAGUUGGAUGAGAUGGGAUAUCAGUUUUCAAGAAUUCAAGGUGAGAUUUCGUUGCAUUCGCCUUCGUCUUUACCAGUAUCAAUUGUUCUUCCUUGUGGAUCGUGCUCUCUCAAAGUACGUCUUGUCAUUGAUGCCAAUGUUGAUUGAAUUAAUUCUUGAGUUACAUUUCCAUUCGUUAAAGCAUAGUUCUGUGUUUCUUGCUCUAUUUAGUCUCAUGUAUUCUUAAUCGAUCGAUCUUGAUGUUAAGCUGAAUCAUAUUCAUAUGUGGAUUGAAAUUUGAAAGAGGAGUUUGAUUUUGGCACGAAA